GGCGUCCAAUAUGGCGGACGUGAUUUCCUGAAUCUUAACUUUUGCUGUUGUUUUGUUUUUCAUCACACAUUUCACAUAAUCUUAAGUAACGUAGACAGUGUUGUUGAAAUGGAAAUGAAUUUCCAAAAAUGUCUCGGCUGUCACUAAGUGUCAGUGAAUAUUGCCUUUCAUGAACCCAGCUUGGUGAAGGCCAAGUUCUUCUCGAGUUAGAAGUGCUGACUGCCCAGUAAUAUAACAUCACCAUGGCUAGUCCUGUGAAAAAAAACAAGCUCUCAAUGGAGGAGGAAGAUGAAAUCAUGAAAGAAAUGUGUGCCGUGAAUGGACUCAAUUUUGGAAAACUAGAACAGGAGGGCGAAGGCAUCAAACUAUUGGAAAUGUUUUUCUCUGGCUUCCCAAAGCUCAUAGGAAUGCAUUAUUUUCCCAACUUAGAAAAGCUUAUUCUGAUGGGCCAACAAAUCAACAAAAUAGAAGGAUUGUCUUUUUGUCCAAAGCUGCAGGAGUUCUGGGCCUCCGAGUGCUGCAUCAGGGAAAUCACAGGGUUAGAAUCAUGCAAGUUGUUGAAGAAACUGUACCUGUAUUCAAACCAGAUACGAAAAAUAAAGGGUCUAGAAGGCCUGACUGAACUAGAGGUGCUAUGGCUGAAUGGGAAUGAAAUUCAGAGAGUUGAGAAUAUCAGCCACAUAAGAAGGCUGAAAGAGUUAAACUUGGCCGAUAACCAAAUUGAAAAAAUAGGUCACUCAUUAGAUGGGCACAUUUGUUUACAGACAUUAAAUCUGUCUGGGAACAAGUUAUACUCAUUCAAGGACCUGACAAACUUGAUUCGUCUUCCAUUCUUGAACCACCUGAGCCUAAAGGACCCACUUUAUUCACCAAACCCAGUGUGUUUACUCUGUAACUACUCUACUCACGUGCUCUAUCACCUCCCAAACCUCACCAGGUUGGAUUGCCUGGAUGUCUCCAACAAGAGUCUUGGAGAAUUAGCAGAAACAACGGUUGUGAAAAAGAAGAUGUUCUACAACAUGCGUGUGAAGACAAUCAAGCGCCAGCUCUCAGAUAUGUUGGCGAAACUCGAGGAGGCGAAUAAUCACCUGUUGAAAUCACCUAGAGACAGGCUGAGGCGGUUGCAUUGUGCUGUGAAAGAGAUAAAAAGGGAAAUUCAGGAGUUGACGUCUGCUGACGAGAGUACGGUAGAAACUCAUGACAGUGACACCGAGAGUGACCGAGAUGUACGAGUCCUUCAGGCUAAAGAAGACCAGGAGGCCCUGAUUGCUUUGAAAACAAAAAUGGAUGCCAUCAAUGAGAAAAUGAAGCAAUGGGAGAAAAAGAUCAAUGAGGUUGAAUUCUUCCAUAAAGAGAGUGAAAAUCGUCUGAAACAGAUGACCGAGCUGACAAUACAUAGGCUGCUAUGUGAACUUGAGACAGGAGGAAACCUGCGUUUUGAGGAUGGGGCUCUCUCAGAUGUUUGGUUCACGUCCUGCCAUGACCUGAUCUUGUCCCGAUUCUGUGCCUCGGACUACAAGGAACAAGGCAUCACUGGUAUCAAAAUCCACCGCAUUACGCGUGUCCACAAUCGUAUUCUCAGAAUGAGGUUCGACGACAAACUUGCCAAACAUUCCGAAGAGGAAGACAUCUAUAAUCCACAGAAAAACACCCAACAAAGGAAGCUUCUAGAAUAUCUCUUCUGGGUGUGGGACCCUGAGGUUCCUGGGGGUCAGACAGAACCUGCUAGAGUGCUUGAAGAAGGAUUCCUUGACGCUGACACACAUUUGCAACUAGGGAAAGAUGGUGCUAUUCCUCUUGCGAACAGUCUGAACAUGGCUGACAAGUUCCGUAUAGAAUACAAGCUAAAACAAAGCAAGGGCAAGCAAUAUUCCGACAACACUCCUUUUAGAUUGGGUCAGCUUAUCAUUUCGAAGGUUUACAUUGGCAGGAGUCAACCAUCCUUGGAUAUGAAACAAGUCAACAAAGCAUUUUACCCUCACACGGAUUCUGUGUUCAGACCAAAGAAACAUGACAACUGUAAAGUGCGUGCUCAGAGCCGAACAAGUAUGAGUAAUCCAGAUCUUGUCCCGCCACCUCCUGCCCCACCCCAGCAAUGCGAGUGCAUCAAUCGGCAGUGUGAAUGGUUUGUGUUCGAUCGAGAUUUAGUUAUGCCAGAGUACGUUGUGGAGUUUGAAUACAUGACCAGGUUAAAACCUCGCAACACAUUCUUCCAAAUGACCACAACCAUCUCGUCAGUGAACAAUUGUAAAGGUCUAGUCGGUAUUGACGAUGGAAGUGAUGAUGGUGAUGUACUGGACAUGGAACCAAAGAUUAAACCAAGGCCAAGGCUUAUACAGCUGACAGAAGACCUGCUUCUGAAAUUGACAAAAGCAAGCAGUUUGGUGAAAGUGACAGUCUUGAAUCUCCAUGGUAACGGCCUAAACAGACUCAAACAUUUGAACUCAAUGCCAGUGCUCAAGAAACUCAUCAUCAGUUUCAAUGAAUUUGUCAGGUUGGAUGACAUUGCGGGACUGCCGUUAGAAUACUUAGAUGCUAGCUUCAACAAAAUCAACACCUUGGAAGGCGUAAAGAGUAUGACAAGGCUGAAAUACCUCGAUUUGAGUUGGAAUCAGCUCCAGAAUACUAGAGAUGAUAUCUCCAUAUUGAGGAAGCAUGCGCCAGGACUGUUGACGGUGGAUCUCAGACAUAACAACUGGCAAAAGUUAUCUUGUCUGAAUGGAUGGCGUGAGCCUGAAGGGCUGCGGCUUCGAGCCAUCGGGCGUCUCAAGUCCGUAACCAAGCUCAAUGGUGCUACAGUGACGGAAGCAGAAGCUACAGCUGCCCUCCGCAUGGCAGCAGGGUCAAGAAUCUCACAAGUCUCAUUGUUGGCUCACUCAAGGACGGACAUGACGCGGCCGAGGACGCUGAGGUUGGGUUCCUAUGCCCAGGCACUCAUUCAGACUAGUCGGCUCAAACCUGACAGGGUUGGUGAGCAAGACAAUCAGUGGUAUGCCAAGGUCACAACCUUGAAUCUCGAUAGUCAGCACAUCAGCAAGUUAUCCAACUUAGAAAAGCUGGAAAAUCUUCGCUGGGCAUCUUUCAAUGACAAUGACAUCACAAAGAUAGAGGGUCUAGAUGCUUGUAUCAAUCUUGAAGAGUUAUCCCUCGAGAAUAACUGUAUCACUAAACUUGAUAAUAUCAGUAGACUGACCAAGCUACGUCGACUAAACCUGAGCCAUAAUUACCUAUCGACUCUUGAAACGUCUGGGCUAGAGAAGUUGACGCAUCUGCACUUUCUGUCAUUGGAGAACAACCGGAUUGUGUCGCUGCUCGGCCUGCAGCGGAUACAGUCAUUGUUGGAGCUGUAUAUUGGGAACAACAGGAUUUCAAACAUACGUGAGGUCUUCUAUCUCAAGAACCUGCCCAACUUUGUGAUAUUGGAUUUGGCUGGAAACCCAGUAGCUAAGGAGACCGAGAACUACCGACUGUUUAUCAUCUAUCAUCUGAGGAGUCUGAAGGCUUUAGACGGACAGGCUGUGGAAUCUGCUGAGGCCAGCACUGCCAGAGAAACAUUUGGUGGACGUCUCACUGCAGAUUUUGUGGCUGAACGUAUAGGUCAUUCAAACUUCGAUGAAGUGAGGGAACUUGAUCUUCCAAACUGUAGUAUUCGGACAGUUGAUCUGAGUACUGCAGACCAAUUCAUCAACUUGAGAAGUGUAAAUUUAGAGCACAACAAUCUAGCCUCCUUCAGUGGUCUGAUCAACCUCGUGAACCUGAGGGUUCUGUGUCUCAACUACAACCACGUGGAGUGCAUCUUACCCAAGUCAAAAGCCAGUAAACCAAGGGGCAUGGGUAAUGGCCAGUCACAUACGGUAGCCAGUGACCUGUACAAUCCAGAGUCGUACACCCCAGUUUUAGAGAACCUCGAAGUUUUGCAUUUAGGGUACAACGGCAUCAAAGACAUGUCCCUUCUACAGCUAAACAGACUGACAGCUUUGAAGGCUCUCUUCCUGCAAGGCAAUGAAAUAACAAAGAUCGAGGGUCUGGAUUCUCUACAGGAUCUUCGAGAACUUGUCCUUGACAGGAACAAGAUAAAGGCGAUCUCCGAACUCUCCUUCCUUAACCAGUGGAACCUCCAGGAGCUUCAUCUCGAGGAGAACCGGAUCAAGGAGUUGUCGAACCUACAGCCGUUAGAGAAUUUGCAGAGGUUUUACCUCGGCAUGAAUCGAAUCCAGGACAUUAAUGAGCUGGAGAAACUUGAAGCGUUGCCCAACCUGAUUGAGUUGUCGGUGGUCAGUAAUGCUGUUGCUCGUCGUCUGCUCCAUCGCCCGAUGCUUGUCUACAGAAUGCCCACAUUAUUGGUGAUAGAUGGUAUCCCUGUAAGUGACGAGGAGAGAACCAAGGCUGAGCUCUACUUUAUGGAGCAACAGAUUCCCCAAAUCACAACAACCAUUGAGACGACGCUCCCUGGUAUUGGCCAGUAUAAGACACAUAUCCCUGUCAAGGUGACCAAUGUGCAGCUGAACUCCCCUGAGCGAGGCUGGGCAAACUAUUAUAAAGAUGAAGAGAUGCAACAACAGCAGCAGCAGCAGGUGGAAAAUAAAGGCGACGAAGUUGACCAGUGCCAGGCUAGUGUAGAUGAAGUGCGCUCUGAACUGGCAGAUCUGUUCCGUGCUUUGAAAGAUAUGAGAGAUAUGCUAUUAGAUUACCGAUAUCGUCUAGGGCACAAGGAACCAGGGAGAAGACAGAAACACAACGGAAAAACUGACGGGCAAGUGGUCGGGAACAACACAAGAAGUGGCACUAUUCUAUACCAGCACUCCCAGAAUAUGCCUCAGUCACAGUAUCAUUCGUCACAUCAGGUCCAAUAUCCUGGCAGCACCUACUUUGGAAAUGAGAGGCCAAGGGGAGGGCGAAAAUGAGAAAAUUUACCACAGUUACUAAUCCGUCAGUUAAUAGAUGUGGGAUAGUUCAGGAGCCAGUUUACUCGCAAUGGGUAAUGACAAAUUCUCAUUACUUUGAAGUAAUGAGUUUUUGGUAUACAAGGACUGUUCUAAUGCUGCUGCAACUCUGGUGCUCUGGAUUCUGCAAGAGUAUAGACAUUCUGAGAUCAACUGUGAUAUCUCUUUGUGAUUCGUACAAUGUACCAUUUGUAGUUUUAUAAAUUUGUUAGUCUGAGGUACAUUUAUUGUUAUUAUUCACCCGUCAGUGACCAUGCCUGGUAAAAGUCAACCGUCCAUUGCUCAGGCAAUUCACUAUUUUGAAGUUAUUAAAUGUUGGAUAUUUUCUAAAGUUUUCGAAUGCUGGAUAUUUCGUAUUUUAGAUAAUAAUAAACAAAGGUGGCAAAUGCUUGUAUGUUUUUGUGUACAUUCAGUGUGUAAAUUGUUUGUUGGUUUAUUUGUAAAACUAUGAUGUUGUGUGAUGUUUAUUUGAUAUCGAGCUAUACUGUUCUGUAUCAAGUUGUCCAUGUUUCACCACUGCAGCCUAUCCUUACACAUUUGGGUGUUAGGGCCAUUUCUCACUUUGACUCAAGGAAAAAUGUUUAAAGAUCAUGCUAAAAUCAUCAGAAAACCCAGGGGUUUUACAUAUAGCUGGACACACAGGGUAGGCAGUUCGAAUGUUUGUUAGAAAUGACUGUGUUGCACUUGGUGGUGCUAAGGCAUUUUUUCGUCGACUUUUGUAUAAUUUGUAAAUUCAGGUUAUUUGGAAAUCAUCGUUUAAUCUUUACACAUUAUGAAUACGGCAUGUUUAAGUUUCUUAGGGAUCGUGCAGACACAUCAAUGUCUCUCAUUAUCCUUAUGAUGUUGGGAGAUCGCUUCUGCUUUUACAGAUUAAACAGUAGCGCAUCAAACUAUCAAUUUUGAUUGGGGAGGUCAUAAGUCAAAAGGACAUCAACAUGUAUAAAUGCACUUCAUUGUAGAUUGUUUACAACGUAUGUUGGGUUUUUUUUCAAUGAUGACUGCACCCUCUUUGUUUUAAAACACUGUCUCAUGUUAAAGAAUUAAUAAAUGCAAUCUAUUGUAAAUAUUUGUAAAAACGAAUUAUUUAAAAAAUAAUAAAAGCCAGUAUCAUUUCAAAGGAA